CGGGAUCUCUUCUUCCGCCCCGGACGUUUUGAAACGUCCAAGGCGUGGAUAUCUAACUCAAAUGGUGCCUCAUAAUCCUUAUAUUUAGGGCGUCCCUUGCGAAGGUUUGCGAUUGCCAUCCCUCAUUCAUCUCUAUGAUCACGAUGCCCGACAAUCAUCCACACGAGAAGAACUCAGUCACCGACCUUGAGAAGGAUGCCGCGUCCACUAGUGAUCUCUCUGUGGUCAUCCCCGGAGACAAGCACGGAUGGCUCUCCCACCCGAUAGCAAGGUCCCUUCUCAGUUGGGGCGUGGAGGAGCGAGGCACUGUUCCAGUUCCUGAAGAGGAGCGGGUGGACACUCAAUACUAUAAGAUUUUCUUCGUUUGGUUCUCAAUGAACUUCAACAUUCUCUCCUUCUCUACCGGAACGCUCGGUCCAAUCGCUUUCGGACUUGGACUUCGUGAUUCCUGUCUCACUAUCUUAUUCUUUAAUAUCCUGGCAUGCGCGUUACCUGCAUAUUUCAAUACUUGGGGUCCUCAAACUGGUAUGCGUCAGAUGAUUCAAUCUAGAUAUAGCUUUGGCUACUUUGGCAUUAUCAUACCCGCCAUCCUCAAUUUGAUCGGCCUGUGUGGCUUCAAUAUCCUUAAUGGUAUACUCGGCGGACAGGCACUAGCUAGCGUGUCAAGUAAUAUGAGCUGGGAUGUCGGCAUUGUCAUUAUUUUCGUCAUUGCGCUCCUCGUCUCCUUCAUGGGCUAUAGAGUACUCAACUGGUACGAACGUGUUUCGUGGUUCCCAGUUCUUAUCGCAUUCUUGGUUGCACUUGGCGUGAGUGGCAAGAACCUGUACAACGCUCAACCGGCGGAACCUGCAACUGCUGCUACAAUUCUCAGUUUCGCAUCUGUCAUUGCUGGAUUCGUUAUUACCUACUCGGCAAUGGCAUCCGAUUUCACGAUGUACUACUCGCCAAACGUUCGUCGGUCCAGGAUCUUUUGGUAUGCAUAUCUGGGGUACAUUGUGCCUAUCGUCCUUCUCGAGUGCCUUGGAGCUGCGGCAGUCCUUGCUGCACCAAACGUUCCUAGCUGGACUGAGGGUUACGGAACGGAUGGAAAUGUCGGCGGCCUCUUGGAGGCGAUGCUUCAGCCCGGUUGUUUGAGCGUCACCGCCAACAUCGCGUGCACGCUUUACUCUAUUUGUUUCAAUUUCCAAGUGAUGGUCCCGGCCAUGUCAAAAGUCCCCAGAUAUGUCUUCUCGAUCGUUGGCACGGUAAUUGCAUUGCCUUUAUCGAUCGUCGGCGCCCACAAAUUCUAUACGACGUUGACCAAUUUCCUUUCGCUAAUCGGUUACUGGGCAAGUGCGUACGGCGCCAUCCUUCUGGUGACUUUUAGCACCUAUAACCACGCCAUAUGGAAUGUUCCUGGGCGUCUGCCCUGGGGAGCAGCUGCUAUUACAGCUGUCAUAAUGUCUUUUGCCCUAAUUAUACCCUGCAUGAACCAGAUAUGGUACCAGGGCCCCAUCGGCAUCACCUCGGGUGACAUCGGCUUCGAGAUUGCAUUCCCUCUUGCAGGCCUACUUUACUUGCCCCUCCGAAAGCUGGAGCUCAAAUACCAAAAUACCCAAUAUUAA